ACAGUGAUGACGCUGUCACCAAGGAGGAGGACGACGAAGGCGGCCGAGUCACAGAGAGUGCUGGGCGCAGUGAAGCAGCCGGCUGUGCAGUGACGGGGUAUCGGCCAGGCCUGGCAGCGGAGGCCGAGCGGACACUGUGCACGGCGGCUACCCCGCGGCCUGGAGAGAGAGAGCCACAGGAGCAGGCCGCAACCGCCUCCAGUGCGGAACGAGACCAGUUUAAACCAUGGAAUCUCAACAUGCACAUUGUGUUAAUUGUGUCAGCCGACGUUGUAUGACUAGACCAGAAGCUGGAGUUUCCUGUGAUUUGAUUGGCUGUCCACAUGUUUGUGGAGCAGUUUUCCACUCCUGCAAAGCUGAUGAACAUAGAAUGUUAUGCCCUCUUGAAAGAGUGCCUUGCUUAAAUAAUGGAUUUGGAUGUCCUUUUAGUGUGAUCCGUAACAAGUUGGCUGAGCAUCUGCAAAUAUGCCCUGCAAGUGUAGUAUGUUGUACAAUGGAAUGGAACAGAUGGCCAGUGAGUUAUGCAGACCGGAAAUCGUAUGAAAACCUAAGUAAGGAUGUUGAUGUAGUUGAGCAGUUAGACAUGGCCUUAGCUCUGCAAGAUCAAAGAAUGCUUUUGGAGUCACUGAAAGUUGCAACCAUGAUGUCUAAAACAACUGGCAAUCUUGACUCUCAAGAACAAAUAACGGUCGCAUCAAUUGACAGCAACCACACACUUGCAAAUGGCUUAAAUGGCGAUGAAGAUUCAUACAGUGCACUUUAUCAAGCAACUGUAGAGACCACUAAGAGUUUAGCAGCUGCUCUCGAUGUCCUAAAUAAUGCUACAAGAGACAUAGCUAUGCUUAAUGGACGAUUACGUGAUGCAAGCUGUGAGAUGAAUAAAAAUUUCCAACUUACAGAGGAGAAUGAUGCAUGUAACUCAUAUCUCAAAGAUCAUGAAUUAGAAGAUGAAGAGUUUGUGGGAGCUGUUGGUGGAACAGUGAUGUGUCCAUUGAAACACGCACAUCAAAAUGGUUCAAGUGAUUUCUAUCCUGAAACCAAUGGUUAUGAAAAAGACAAAGCCAAUAAUAUAACAGAAGAAUCAGUGUUGUGCAAUGGCUUCCAUGAUGAAACCCCCUCUGGUCUUCAGAGACCAGAUAAAGAGGAAGGACACAAUUGUGGAGCAAAAGAAAAUGGUGCUAGUAGUCUUUUAAAAGAAGAAUCUGGAUAUAAACUUUUGAAUCCCAAUGGUUCUUCAACAAGCUUACUCAAAAAGCAACCAGUUACAUGCAUAAUGAAUGGAGUAAAGGAAGAGAACUCUUCAGAAGAACAAAAAUUAGACCGAAAAGAUGAACAUGGACUGAGAAAUGUGGCUGUGUUUGGCAGGCGUCCUUUUCUGGUUGACGCUUAUUGGUUUAAAGCAAAAAUGGAAGACAAAGCAGUUGAUACAACAGACUUAGAGAUACAAGAUGAUCCCAUGGGCCUUAAUGGAAUUGACCUGAUUACAGCAGCUUUACUGUUCUGUUUAGGAGACUCACCUGGUGGUAGAGGUAUUUCUGAUAGUCGGAAUGUUGAUGGGUAUCAUGUUGACUUUGGAACACAGACAUUCUCUUUUCCUUCUGCAAUAUUGGCAACAAAUACAAUGGUAGGGGACAUAGCAUCAGCUUCUGCAUGUGAUCAUGCAAAUCCUCAGCUUUCCAAUCCCAGUCCUUUUCAGACUCUUGGCCUGGAUUUGGUACUGGAAUAUGUUGCCAGAUACCAAACCAAACAGAGGUCUAUGUUUACAUUUGUAUGUGGACAGUUGUUUAGAAGAGACGAGUUUUCUUCUCAUUUCAAGAAUGUUCAUGGUGAUAUUCAUGCAGGUUUAAAUGGUUGGAUGGAGCAAAGGUGCCCAUUGGCAUAUUAUGGGUGUACAUACUCCCAACGUAGAUUUUGUCCAUCGACACAAGGAUCCAAAAUUAUUCACGACCGGCAUUUGAGAUCUUUUGGAGUUCAACCCUUCUUACCUAGACAACAUGAAUCUACAAAAUGUUCAUCAUUUGGACAACCUGUUGAUCAUUUUAGUAGUUUGCCUUAUGAAGUAUUGCAACAUAUUGCAGGUUUUCUUGACGGCUUCACUUUGUGCCAACUUUCAAGAGUUUCUAAGCUAAUGAGGGAUGUGUGCGCCAGCUUGCUUCAAGCUCGUGGAAUGGUUGUUUUAUUAUGGGGAAAAAGGCAAUAUCCAAAUGGAAGUUCAUGGCAAAUAAAGGAAAAGGUCUGGCGUUUCAGCACUGCUUUUUGCACGGUGAAGGAAUGGAAGUUCGCAGAUAUUGUGAGCAUGGCAGAUCAUUUGAAAAAAUGCAGCUUCAAUACUGUAGAGAAGAGAGAAGUAGCCGUUCCUCUACCUUGCAUGUGUGUGACUCGGGAACUCACAAAAGAAGGGCGUUCACUACGAUCUGUCUUGAAACCUGUUCUUUAACAACAAAGGGGAAAAAAGUUCUCAUCCACUUGCACCCAACACUCAAGCACCAGUUUUAUCCUCUAUACAAGUUGUGACACUUUAAUAUUUAACUAAAAUCCACUCUAGUACUGUAUAUAGCAAUGAUUUUGGAAGUGAUGUUUAUUUUUUUACAUAUAUAUAUAUAUAUAUAUAUUAAAGUAUAUAUAUUAAAGUGAAAACCAUUUUAGAGUCGUACAAAUGCGAAGUGAUGAUAAAUGCCUUAAAUAUGAAGGAAGUCAAAUUCUGCCGGACACAGACGCCUAUGACUUUCUAAAUGUAAAUUACUAAUAUUCCUUAUGGGAUCUUGAUCUUUUAGCACAGUUUGCUGAUUCACUAGUGCCAUUACCCUGACAAUUGUACAGAAACCUUCUGUGAACAAUAACUAGCCUUCAUCAUCUUGACCAAAAAUAAAUGUGGAAUGUAUUGGUGUUUCUGUUUUCAGCAUAUGUUUGUUUCCACUGUCCAUAAACUAAUUAAGGAAAAACAUGCAUGUGCAUAAAAUAAAACAAAAACCUGUUGUAUUUUAGGCUCCUAGUCCCAGUAGUAGACUGGCCUUACACCAGGUUUGAGCCGAAGCCAAUUAGUUAUCUAAGAAUAGUACCAUUUACUUAAACUUCAUGGAGUACAGAAUAUGCACUUGAUUUACUCAAAGAAGCAGUUAUAUGAAUGUCAACAUAUACCCCUUAUUAGCACUUUAUUUCUAAUCUCAAGAAGUCCUCAGGCUGCAUUAGGGAUCAAGUGCUUCAGCUAUGCAGCAUGUAGCAUAAAGGGGUCUUCAGCUUCUCCUCAGAAUGUUUUGCUGCCUGUCUAGUAAAUUCCGUUUUAUGCACUACCUUUCUAUAUUAGUGAUGGAACUCAUUCAAACUUGGUGGGAGGAGGGUAGGUUAUCCAGUAUAUUAAACUAAAGUCUAAAUUUUUAACAUGCAGCUAACUUAUUUGACACCCCCCCCCCCCCCCCCCCAUUCACCCUUCUCUGUCUUAUUAAAGGUUAUUUAAAAGUACAAGAUGCUUGGGAUUGAUUUUUUUUUCCUGUAUUGUUUUACUUAUCUUUGUGAGAUGAGCUAAAACAAAUACGGAUAUCACUUACACAUUUGGUAUUGAGAUUUUAUUUGUAAAACUGUAAAUGAUCACGUCUUCCACAUUUAGAUUUCUAUUUGAGUGCUGAGUGUAUUUUGGUUUUGUUUGUUGUUUAAUUUGAGAUGUGUUAAGAGAUUUCACAUGUUUACUGACAUAGUAACUGGUGAAAAAAUAUCGGUCUCCAUCCUAUGCCUUCCUUGUAAAAAUGUUCUAAUACAUGAUUACAAACCAGUUAAGCUGUCUAACCAGCGUUGAGGGUAGUUUACUGGCAGAUUUUAAUUUAUUAUUUUCUUUCCAUUUUCAUGUGAGCAAAAAUGUUUUUUUGUUUUGUGUUUUUCAUCUGCUCAUAUUUGGAUGUCAAGACUGUGUGUGUUUCUUGUGUGUGUUUUCUUCUUCAAAGACUGGUAACCCCUUACAGCAAAGCACUUUUUGUAAAACAGUAUUUAAAUAUUUUAAUAAAGAUGCUGGUAUGAGACAAACUCCAUAUUUUUGAGUUUAGGCUUAUCUGCUUCUCAAAAUCAUGCACAUAUAUUGAGACUAUUCUGCACUUCACAGCUUUGGGACCUGUCACCUAUAAGUUUCAACAUGGUUGUUUGGUAGAAAGUGGUACAUGCCAUGACUCAAUUAUGCAUAGAGAAGCAUGGUACAUUUUAAAUGCAUUUAUUUCAUUCUGAGCAUUUAAUCAUCCUAUCUGUUGAGCAUGGUAGGUUUUUAUUUGUUUGUGAAUUUUCUCAGGUGCAUUUUGCUUACAUUACAGCCCAUGUGCUACCAGAACAUUACUGUUUUUUAUUGAAUCCGUUCAGAAUGAAUAAAAUUGAGCAUUGGACUCUCAUUUGCUAA